UCCUCCGUCAUUACAACUGACCAAAAGAAUAACAGAAGUAUGUGAGUGGUGCAGGUCUCUGCCCCUGAGCCUUUAGCCUGUGUGGCUAAACAUCUGUUAACCGACUAAUCAUGGAGGAUGAUGAUGUGUCUGAUAACUGGGAGGACGCUGCAGAAAGCGGAGAAAUCGAGAGGCGCCUCGAAGCGAAGCUGAAGAUCACUCAGAGAUCCGAGAGUGUCCCCGUGAAGACGGCCGUGGUGAUUCAGGAUGAGUCCCUGCCCGCAGCUCCGCCUCCUCAGAUCCGUAUCCUGAAGCGUCCUCCCAGUAACGGUGUUCUGAGUGCGCAGGGUCUGAGCACGCGGCCCGCUCAGCAGCCCAAAUCUCUAAAACAGAGAGAGGCCGAGUACGCCGAGGCCAGGAGGAGGAUUCUGGGAAGCGCCAGCGCUGAAGAACCUGCCCGGGAACGAGAAGAGUCGGACAGAUCCAUGUUGGAGUCUCUGCAGUCCAACAGUAACGUCAUACGGCAGCCGCGGGGGCCGGACGGUACCGCAGGGUUCCGCCUCAGCAGAUAGAGAGAUGGCUAGAGACGAGCUCCGAGGACGUAUAAAAGCGAGAGUCUGUUCGGUCGAGCGCUCUCGGCCCUCUCCUCCUCCCCGUGUGAGCGAGCGAGGGAGGGCGUGGCGACCGUGUGAUCACUGUGAGUCUCUUAGUAACGCUCGCUGAGACCCAGGCAGGAAUCCCUGCAGUGCUCCAGUACGGUCCACAGCGCCCUUAUCGACUUCCCCUAACGACCCGGCGCAGCAUAGCAUCAACGCUAACUCGCCAGUUGACUAGCGUGCUAAUUACCUAGCGUGCAGAUCCAUCAGAGGCUGGGAAAUUCACAGAGCCAAUCAGAAGUUCUAUUUUUUUAAAUGUGCGGUCGUUUGUUUAUCGUUUUUACAACACGAUUCGCCGUUUUCUGAAAAGGCCGCAGUGUGAUCAGCUCCCAGUGAUUUCACCGUGAGAGCGUUGAGAAUCGGCUGAGCUGAUGGAGGAACUCACCGAGGGGAGGUGGACAAGGGCGCAGGAACCAACACUCUUCUGAGCUCCUUCUUUAGAAGACUUUAGGAGAAAACCAGUAUGACUCGUGUCCUGAUCAUGAAGUUUCUCCAAAGAUGAAAGAAUGGCCAUAAAGAACUCUCUGUGUGUGUGUGUGUGUGUGUGUGUGUGUGUGUGUGUGUGUGUGUGUGUGUGUGUGUGUGUGUGUGUUUGUUUUCCCUUUGUUUUAUCAGAGAAUAAUGUUUACCCUCUGCUUCAGACACUCAGCUUGGUGAUUUUGACUUGGUGUGGACAGAAGCAGGUGUUGAUCUGCACACAAACUUCCAGAGGCUCCUUCACUUCCCUUUAACAGCCCGAGCGCUCCAAACACCGCACACAUGAAGUGUGUGUGUGUGUGUGUGUGUGUGUGUGUGUGUGUGCGUGCGUGUGUGUGUGUUUCCACUCUGCGCUGAAGAGAAAGUAUUUUUCUACCGUCAUCUUGCUGGUGUUUUUUUUUUUAUUAUUUCUAAUUUUUUUUGUUUAAAGCGCUGAGAAGUUCAGACCUGCUGUACAAGUUCAGACCACAUCUAAUCCCUCCUUACCGAUAUUCAGACCACAUACACACCCAUGUUUACCAUCAUGCUGUCUGGAUAAACAUGAAAUUAUCUUCUCCUCCUCCCCAAUUGUUCUUCUCUUUCUCCUCUGUCGUUGCGUGUUUUAAAAUGUUCUGAUCCCAUGAAUGCUUUUAGUGUUUCUGAUCUCUUAUAAUGCUCCUCAGAAGCUCCUGAGAUGCACGGAUAUAUUCUUAAAAAACACAGACACAAAUGUGUUUCCCUGUAACUAAAUACACGACCAGACCAAACAGGAACCCGUCCAUGUUCUCCUGGAGGACAAGAUUCUGCUGUAGAAGUGAACUGAGGAGCCCGAUACAGAAGAGAUGUUGUGGUUGGUCUUGGUCACAUGACUGAGAGGAUCAUUGCUUCACUGGACCUUGUUAUUUGGGACAGUGUGUUAUUUGUGUGUGAACUUUACUGUUACAGUGUGACUUGAUGAUCGUGUGUGAUUUCUGCUUCCUGUCUGAGCUUGCGCUCCUCCAUCUCCACAAAUAAACUCUAUUCUGGAGUAGUA